AUGUCACAGACACGGAGUUUUCGCCGAGUCUUUCACGUGACACUCGGUUUGAUGCAGGCAGAAUGGAGUCCGAAUGGCCAGAGUGGCUUUGGAUACCAAGCAAACUGGGAACCAGAGAUGCCCGAAGCUUUCAAGGAUUUCGUUGCGAAGGCUCUUGACAGGCAUGCCUGUUGGGACCUCCAAGAUUAUAUCCCAGAUUGCAGCACGGCGGAGCUCAAAUUUAUGGCCCAUCAGCUUCGUGGACACGUGCGCGAGGUCGUGGAGUCGCCGCACGGAAACCAUGUCCUGCAGUGCAUGUUGGAGUUUAUGGCUCCAAAGGCUUUGCACUUCGUUUUGGACGAGCUGCUUGCGUGGGCUCCUGCGCCAGUGCUGGCCCGUCACCGUUACGGCUGCCGUGUCCUGGAGCGCAUCCUGGAGCAUUUUGGCGAAGCAUCUAUCAAGCCACUGUUGGAGGAUCUGUUGUACCAUGCCAAGGAGUUGUGCCAGCAUCCCUUUGGGAAUUUCGUGAUGCAAGUCUUUAUGGAACAUGCUCCGGCGACCUAUCGCAAGGCACUGAUUGAAAUCAUCGCACAGAACGUGGCCCAAGUGGCCAGGGACCACUAUGGCUGUGCGGUCUUGGAGAAGGGCUUGUCCCAUGGGAAGGAGGCCGACCGUAAGUUUCUGGUCAAGUCCGUUCUGAAGGUGGAAGGCUUGCUGCCCUCCAUGAAGAACUUGCGCGGCGGGGCCACGGCCAUCGAUCGCGUGUUGGACAUCGCCACUGGCUGGGCCUUGAGCGAGGCCCAGCGUCAGUUGAACGGAGGAGCCCGAGGAGCAGUCAAGGUGUUCAACAAAGGCCGCGGCAGGUGGGUGGAUCGCAACAUUUUGUGUGAAACAAGUCCAGGUGGCGAGCCGAAGAGUCGGGGCGCGCCCGACGAUGGUGACCACAGGUUCUGGCAACUGCUCAUUCCGCAUCCUCCUUCGCGGAUCUCGGAUUUGUGGAACCGUGUAGCGCGACGACGAGAAAUGAAACGUCCGGAAAAUCAAAAUGAACUCGGGACGGGAGGAGGUCUUUUGAAGGAGACUGCGGUGUGGCAUCGUUUGCCAGGUUUGGAGUGCGAAGACCGGCGCACCUGGUGUCCCGACGAUGCAUGUACUUGGGUGUGUCACCGCGGCCUUUUCCUCAAGCUGUUCAGUGCGGCUCGACUUUGCAACCGUGCGUCCCUGCUACUGCCCGAUGUCCGUGUCAGUUCCCGGCUUCAUGUCAAUGGGGAACCAUGGUAUUGCAUUUGGACCCUUCACCACUCCUUGGAUGGGCGAGGGGGUCGGAAUCCCGGGGCCAGCGGUGCCACCGCUGGCACCGGGGAGUGGAUCACAAUUCCCGUGGUCACCGUCGUCGGGCGUGGCGAGCCCAAGAGUCGGGGCGCGCCCGACGAUGGUGUUUUGAAGGAGGCUGCGGUGUGGCAUCGUUUGCCAGGUGCUUGCAUUCGAAGGUUUGGAGUGCCGAAGACCGGCGCACCUGGUGCCGUCACUGCUGAUGAUGCAU